UGUAGCUAAGCUAACCUUAGCCCGUCAGUAUCCAGCUGCAGCACGUAGCGCAGAGAAACUCGUGUUCCGUCUACAUACCAAUGACAGGGACACUAAAAAUACAAAUAUGCGCCUGGAUCUUUACUGAUACUUGGCUGGCUACAUUUCCCUACCUUUAUUGCCACUGUCUGUGAAGUGAUAUCUGAUCUGAAAAUCUCUGAAGUUAACUCUCGUCUUAGGCAAUGGAUCCAGAACGACUGAAACGAAGAGAGGAAAUUCAGAAAGCAAUGAGCUUUAUCCAAUCAUCGUUGCCUUUUCCAGAGCCGGAGAGUUAUGAGGCGUUUCUGACCCAGUUGGUGUGUCACUUGCUGGACGAGGGAAAUUGUUUUUUUCGAGAUGGGGACUGUCGUCAAGCUACCCAGCAGUAUGGAGAGGGGAUAAGUGUAGCCCGCUACGCUCAGGCCGAGGCUCUCGUCAUCCCCCAUGAGCUGCUGGAGUGCCUCUAUGUCAACAGAGCUGCUGCCUUCUACCAGACGAGGGAGUACGAGCGAGGCAUUCAGGACUGUGACAGUGCACUGUGUGUGUCAGAAGGCAGUCGCAGAGCGUUGUACCGCAAAGCCAUUUGUCUGAGGGAGCUGGGACGAUUCCGAGAGGCCUACGAGUUUGGAACCAAAUGUCUUCUCACAGCACCUCACGACAGGCAGGUGAGUGACCUUGCCCAGGAUCUGGCCAGUAAACUUGGCCUUAAGGGUCGCAAAGCUUACGUCAGCCCUCAGACAGAAUCCACAGCUACAGAAGGGGAGAGUCACGGGGAUAGCUCCCCACCCACAGGAGAGAUGUCAUCCAAUGGACUGGAGUCUCUGAGCGACAUUGGACCAGCUGACCUGUUAGGUGCACAGUGUAUCCCCGCUCCUUUGGCCACACCCAUCCCGGUUAGCGACGAGCCUUCUAGCCCAGUAGUGACCCCCUGCACUGACCUAUCUGAGAGCCCCAGCAGCCAGGCCCUGCCUCCCAUGCCGUACUCCGUCCCUGUAUCGGAACACAUGGAUGAAUGCAGCAGCAGCCUUAAAGAUGAACUGGACAGUCUGCUGGAGUGCAUCCCCAAGAAAGUCAGUGAAAGUCCAGUCCAGGGUGCCAUCCCAACCAACCUCCCCAACACAGCUGUGGGUCUCCGGCCUCCGUACUCCCCGAGCCUUCCAGCCCCAUCAUCCCAGCUUCCUUCAGCCUUCUUCAGCUCCUCUAUCAGUGAAAUGCCCCCCCUGGAACCUUACCUGCCAUUAGCCCAGCGGGACCAGGGCUCCACCCAGGCGCAGGACGCACUGGGAGGCUUCCCCACUGGGGCUGCAGAUGGAGAAGGGAAGACUGGAGUCACUGUUGGUGGGCUGGACUCGUUGUCCGAGUACACUCUCCCCGGGGGAAGCGUGUGUCAAAGCUUUAUCCCUGGAAUGCGCAACCACAGUGCUACACACGCAAAUGGCCCCGGAGGAACCAACCUGUCUCUGCUCUCCAGGAACCCUCUGGCAGCCACACAUGAAUUUCGGCAGGCCUGUCAUGCCUGCUACAGCAGAAUAGGUCCACGAGUGAUGGACUACAAGUAUCAGCCAGAGGCAGCACACCGCUGCAAGAGGGACGUGCUGCUGUGCCGAAUUAAAAACAUGGACGACCCCACUUGGAAGCGGAUCCGGCCACGACCGGCAAGAAACAACUUCCUGGGGGCAUUUGUACUCUGUAAAGAGGUGCAGGAGCGGCAGGAAUGCCAGUACGGGGAGAACUGUACGUUUGCUUACUGCCAGGAAGAGAUUGAUGUGUGGACUCAAGAGAGGAAGGGCGCGCUGAGCAGAGAGCUGCUGUUUGAUCCGCUGGGCAGCACAGAGAGGCGGGCACUCAGCGUCACCAGACUGCUGCAACUCCACAUGGGCAUGUUCAUGUUCCUCUGUGAGGAAUGUUUUGACAGUAAGCCCCGCAUCAUCAGCAAACGCAGUAAAGAAAACUUAGCAGUUUGCUCAAACCUCACAGCUCGACACUCGUUCGAUGACAACAAGUGCCUGGUGCACGUGGUGAGGUCAGCCAAUGUGCGCUACAGUAAGGUGCGUCCCCUGCACCCUCUCUGUCAGUUCGACGUGUGUCGCCACGAGGUCCGCUACGGCUGCCAGCGAGAGGACAGCUGCUCCUUUGCCCACUCAGUCAUAGAGCUCAAAUGCUGGGUCCUGCAGCAGGAUACUGGUAUCACUCAUGAAGAGAUGGUGCAGGAGUCAAAGAGACACUGGCACAGGUUGGAGCAGAAUGCACAAAAACAGCAGAAGCCAAUCCACAUCCCCCAUCCGAGCAGCAGCUUACCUGCAGGAGGGGUUGGGGGGAUGGGGGGCGACAGCCUUGGUGGAGGCGGUGUGAGCCCGAUGGGUGGCAUGGGCGUGGGAGGGUUAGGAGCGGUGGCGGGACGAGGUCGACCCCUCAACCUGAAAAUGAAGUUUGUGUGUGGCCAGUGUUGGAGAGAAGGACAGGUGAAUGAGCCCGACAAGAACCUCAAGUACUGCACAGCCAAAGCACGGCACAGCUGGACGAAAGAACGCCGUGUCCUUCUGGUGAAAUCCUUUGAGAAGAAGAAGUGGGUAGUUGUUAGGCCUCUGCCCUUCUCCCGCACAUAUCCACAGCAAUAUGACAUGUGUGUGCAUGUGAUGAAGCAGAAGAAGUGCCACUAUAUCGGAAACUGCUCGUUCGCCCACAGUCUGGAGGAGAGGGACGUCUGGACGUACAUGAAGAACAACAGCUUGAGAGAUAUGCAACAGAUGUACGAACUGUGGCUUCAGCUCACCAAUCAGAGCAGACGCACAGACAGCUCGGCAGUAACCCCGCCCCCAGAGGACAAGCAGGUCACCAUAACGGCAGAUUACACAGAAGGCAUUGGAGUCCGCGGUUUGUCAGAGGGGGAUGAUCUCUGAAGUAGAACAGAGACAGCCGAUCAGCGCUGAGCUGCAGACCUUUGAUACCAGCUACAACUCAACAUUCUGUCAUCUUACCCGUCUGACCUCCUCGAGCAUCCAGACAGUAGUGUGAGAACAAAUCGGCACACUUAUAUCAACACACACUCACACUCACAAACACAUCCUCACAGCACAUAAAGAGAAAGCUGCAGUUACACACAGCACUAUUAGGUUCCUGUUUAGUUUAUACCACAGAAGUUCCACAGACAACUCGUUUACCCUGACUAGAAAAUAAUCAACCGGUGUUCCUUAGUGCUCUUCGACUUAGUGUCUUUUCUUUUUCUCAACUUCUCGCAGCACUGACUCAAUUCUUUUGGUGGGCGCGCUGGUCGCAGCUCGUACAUUUUGCUUGGUGAUAGUUCAAAAAUAUAUUUGAAGCUCAGCACUAAUAUGUUUAAAGUUUAAUAAAAAAAAAAAUUACUUUGUGGUGCCAAAAUUGCCGAGCGCUCAGUGCUGUCGAUGGCUAACGAGACUGAAGAAUCUAUGAAGGGAUGUAAAAAAAAUAUAUCUAUAGUGUUCUGGGUGGAAACUUGUCUUUGAGCAACCAAAUCCUACUCUCCUUCCUUUAUGGGAACACAGUGAGAGGGUCAGAAUAACUUCGUAGGGAUUCAUUAUUCUGAGUGGUUUCUUUUUUUUUUUUUUAUGGGGAGUCGUUACUUCCCUGUUGUAUUGUCUGCCAUAUUGGUAGAGUGCUUUGAAUGUAACGCCUGCAUGGGCCUUUAAAACUAGGAAAUUAGUCAUUGAAAACAUUGCUGUGGUUGUGGAAUGUAUACGUGGUAAAGAACAUUUACAUGCCCCAAAAACAAGCUGGUGUAACAACAGUUCCUCUCUUUAUUGAUAUAAAACAACCCCGGUUAAAAAUCAUACCAACAGCUCCUUGAUGGCAUGAGAACACACACAAACACACACACGCACACAUUCUCACAUAUUAUCCUCGGAGUUGCUUUCAGCCGACACCCAAGUGAAUCAAAGUAUACCUGAAUUUCAACCUCCUUUAGGUUGACACAAAGGGGGAGAUGAAAAUAUCUCAAUAAAUUACCUGUUACUAAGGUGCAUGUGGCUAAUGGCUCGAAGCAGUUGUUGCCAAAGCAACCAAGGUGCUAUUUACCAUCGUUACACUGCACUGGUAAGAAGCGCUGAGACGUGCAGGCGUUGUAGAAGGGUUACAGAGGAGCGAGUGCAGGAGACAUGCGCACAGUGCUGCUCUCAGCAGUAGAUCAGUUCAGACCACAGAUGCCCAUAAAUAAAUCAUGACCUCAGUUUGACUGAAGCCCAGUGAAAACACAGAGCAUGAAGAAUUCUAUCUUGUAGUAAUUUAAAGAAAAAAACAUGUCAAUAUGAACGAGUAUUUAGAGCGUGAGAAGCAGGGAUAAGGUGUCUAGUUAAAAAUGACCGUUAUAAAGAUUGUAUUUCUCUCUAGUUUAUGGUGAUGAUAGUAAAGAUUAUUUGAAAGUUAGGGGUGAGGUGCCACCUCUUCAGUUGAACUUGGGUCAUUAUUUCACUAAAAAAAAACAAUCACGCCCCCGCAGCCUUUCCGAUGGAAACCUGUGUUCUCCAUAUGCAUGGUGUUGUAUUCCUGUUAGCUGACGGUAGCCCCUAACAUUAGUCUGCAUUAUGGGAAACCUGCUAGUCCCAUACAGGAAAACAAUACAUACCCCAUAUUGUGCCUAUAAACAACAUGUGACACACACACACACACACACACACACACACACACACACGCUGGCAGGACACCUGUCGCUAUCUUAAUCAAGCCUUUACUGUUGAAGGAGACACAACGGAGGUGUGUCUUUAUUCAGAUACAUAAACAUGCAUAUUAUACAUAUUUACAAACUAUGGUAUAAAACUAAUAAUAAUUGAUAACUUAGCGGUUAAGCUUAAUAAAUAUAUAACCUGAAAAGCUGUAUUGAUUACAUAGAAGAACUUCUUGUUAUUGAGGUAUUGCUAUAUGACAUGUAUCGCUGAACUAGAUGACUAUAGUGACUUUUUUUUUUGAAGGGUUAUCCCUUAAAAUUUUGUAACUUUUCCUUCUUUGCGGGUUGUUUCAGACGGGGUUUGUGAGAAAUGGUUCGCAGCAGAGAUUGAUUUGAGUUUCAGGCUGAAUAUGUGGAAAAAGAUCAGUGUUAAACUGAGCGACUGAACUGGAAGCACAGAAUACGGAAAAUAUUCCUGUUCUCCAAUAUUACGAUCAAAAUGAAGAGAAGCUGUACUUUCUAUUUGAAGUCAACUAAACUCAACCAAUGGUUUCAAUUCUCAAAUACUGACAUUUUAUAAAUAUCGACAGGCAAUCAGCGCCAAAGAAAACAACGGUAAAUCGGUGCAAAAUUCAAUGCAGAAGAGACAAUUGACCUGUGGGCACUUCCCUGAUCUACAGCACAGUCUUGAGUGUCUGGGAUGUUUGAAAUGUUAAUGUCUCGAGCUCUACAUUCAGUUCAGUAGAUGAAUAGUAAAACGGUUUUGAUAUAAAAGGAUGUAGCGUCUUCUAAUGACAUAAUCCCUUAGGAAUAUUUAGGUUUAAAAGCAAAGCACUGGUCAAGCCAAAUGUGGCUCUCUGGUCAGUUUUGCGGGUCACUCUGCGACUGUUUAGUGGGAUUGUUGAUUUUGAAACCCCCCCUCCUUGUCUGAGACAGCCCGGGUAUUAGCUUCUCUGAGGGAUCGUAUUACUACUCCUAGUAUUAUGAUGAAUAUGAUGACGAUAAUGAUUGCUAUCUAUUGACUAUUUCUAUUUCUUCUCUAUAUGCUAUUGAUAUAUGUACGUUAUUUGCAAUGUAUAACUCUCCUUAUAUAUGUAUCCAUGUAUGAAUAUAAUAAUGAACAGUAAUAUGCGUCUGUGUAUGCAGCAGUGCACAGCUCGCAUUGAGAGGCAGCGAGCGGGGAAACGUCCGGCUUCUGAUGAGUUCUGUAAAGGCACUUUGAGUCAUCAACGGCGGACGGCUGUAGGUCGUUGUUACUACAAGACGACAGUAGACCUGCUAGAUAUGAAUGUUGUCUGAGCUCUGCUUGUAGGUAUAAGGAUUGUUUAUGCACUGGACAAAGGUAAACACUUUAAUUGAUGGCUUAAGAGAACAGUUUCACCCUUUGGCAGUGUCGUAGUUUUGAACCAACAAACAGAGCUCUGUGCUCGCUGCCUGUGCUGCAUCGAUGUUUAUAUUGAUUCAAAGACAAAUCUCUGGAAUCAAAAGCAUACACAGGAGCCUAUAUACUCCCGUAUAGCGCCUUAUUCGAUAUACUACACCUAUAAGAUGAUACAUACCCCUAUUGUAUAAUCCUGCUUACUAUAUAUACACUAUAUGAUACCUGAUACCUAUUAUAAUACUUAGACACCCUUUAUAAGGUAAUUUAGAUAAGAGAUGGUGGAGCUGGGUUUUUUUUUUCUGUGGCUGUGGUCAGUAAUGUGUUCCCAUCUUGUAGCUCAGGUUGUUGUGAGGAGAACGCUGCACACUCAAAUGCUCUUUUUCAUUUAGUUAAUGUCAGUUAAAGGAUAUUUGCAACGUGUUUAGGAUGAGAAAUGAACAUCAGCAAUGACAAGGCUUGAUAAAUCUUGACUUUGGCUUUACCAGACGGUUGCCGGGCAACAUCGAAAAAGUAAAAUAACAUAAGUAUACACUGAUUAGUGAACAUUUUUUUGAUAGUUGUGUUGCAGAAAAGAAGAAAAAGCAUUUGAGGGGAGGCUUCCUCCUCAUGUUGGAGAGAGUCCAGCAUGUAUGAUGUAACUGACACACAGAGAGAAAAAAAACUGAAUACUUGUGCUGUGUGUUUGAGUGCAGGAGAAUCAUGACAAACUGUGGCUGGGGGGAGGCUGUGCACCUAACAAAUCACAUACUUUAAUUUCUUCAACUCAGACUUUGUCUUGAAAACAUUAAGAGUGUGUGUUUUGGUGUUAUUCUUCACUUCACUGUGUUAACGCAGCAAAUACAGCUGAUUGUAAUCAUUUUAAUAAGCUGAGGAAUCACGUCCAAAAUACCAGAAGCUUGCAAGAUGAAGACUAUUCCAGUUCUGUAAAACAAUAAAAACAAUUCCAUUUGCCCAUCCAAAACAAAUGUCCUGAGGUGUGGAAAUGUAAUUGUUGGGUUGGGAUUUACUUUAAAGCCUCUUAAAGCUUAUCUUUUUCCACUCACUGAUUAAAAAAACAGCUUUUGUGCAGGCUAGAGCAUCUGUUUUGGUUACUGCUUCCUGCUGCAGGUUAAUAAAUGUAGCCGUUCUCGACUGGGAAAAGUUUCUGAUCAAAAAACUUUUUCUGUUUUUGUUUUUGAAAAUUUGACACACCCUGCCUUCUGCUUCCCUUAUAACCAGUUUAUGUCGCAUGAUUCUCUCUAUCAGCACAUCUAUA